UCUUAUUAUUAAAUUUAAACUUGACUUUUUAGAGUUUGCUCUCGCUAAAAUUUCUGUUUGGGGAGUUUUUGCUUUACAGGUUUCCAGAUUGAGGAGUGUUUUUGUAGCUAUAGUCAGAAAAAAAAGUAUCUACACAUUUGUGUGUGCAUGCCUGUGUGUGUGUCACAGAGGUCCCACAGCACCUGACCCACCCACCAACGCCACCGCCACCCCAGGGUGUUUGUCCUGAGAGCUGGGAGCAGACAGGGAGCUGGUGAAGCCAGGGGCUGACGGAGGAGAAGCGACCAACCGAGGCCGGCCAGGACAAAAGGAUAGCAGGGGGAGAGGACGGAGAACACGGGCACAGCACGCAGGAGGAGACACACAGCCAGCGGGAGUUGUUAGCAGGAGGAGUGUUGACAUUUAACCGAAGAUGAGUACGUACACAGUGACUCUGAAUGGCCCCGCUCCAUGGGGCUUCAGACUACAGGGAGGAAAGGACUUCAAUAUGCCACUCACCAUCUCCAGGAUAACUCCGGGCAGCAAGGCAGUGGGCGUCAGCCUGGCCCAGGGCGACAUCAUCUCGGCCAUCGAUGGGGUCAGCACCGAGGGGAUGACGCACCUGGAGGCCCAAAACAAGAUCAAGUCUGCCACCAGCAAACUGGCGCUCACCAUGCAGAAAUCAAGGCGUGCUGCAGCAUUUCCCACAACAGCUACAAGAAUGGACUCACCGAUGCCAGUCAUCCCCCACCAGAAGGUUAUCGCAAACACAGCUGCAAAUGUGGAGUACACUCCCAGCUUCAACCCCAUUGCUCUGAAAGACUCGGCCCUGUCCACCCACAAGCCCAUCGAGGUGAGGGGUCCGGGAGGAAAGGCCACCAUCGUUCACGCCCAGUACAACACACCUAUCAGCAUGUACUCACAGGACGCCAUCAUGGACGCCAUCGCAGGGCAGUCGCAGGCCAAGGGACACGACAGUGAGGAGGCUGGCUCCCCCUUGGCCGGAGCUCUGCCUAUCAAGGACCCUGUGGUAGACUGUGCGUCUCCAGUUUACCAGGCAGUUAUCAGGCCAGGAGAGUCAAACCAGACUAUGUCUGACUGGGCUCGUCGUGCUGCCAACCUGCAGUCCAAGAGCUUCAGGAUGCUGGCCCACAUCACUGGCACUGAAUACCUGCAAGACCCAGAUGAGGAGGCCCUGCAGAAGUCGAGAGAGAGGUUCGAGUCGGAGGUGAAAGGGCCCCGCUUUGCCAAGCUGAAGAACUGGCACCAGGGACUGUCUUCACAGAUUCUCAACGUCCAGAAUUAAAGAGGAGCAGGAAAUUUAAAGAAAAAAAAAAAAAGAGGGAGAAAUUGUGAAGAGGAAGACAUGUAAAGGAAGACAUGGACAAAAGCCCAAGAAUAAACAAGAAGAGGGGAUAAAUUAAUGAGGGAUAAUAAAAAAGAAGGAGCAGCAGGAGGAGGAAACUCCUCAGGAAUGUGAGAUAGUGUUGUAACCUAAAUUAGUAGAAUGUGAGAUACUAACUGUUAGUGUGAGGAUGCUACGUGUUCAUAAGCUCGAUAUUACCUGUCAAAUGUAUCUGUCCGCUGCUAAAAACCUGAUCUCGCAUUCAGGUUUUAUCCAUAGACUGUAUAUAAAGACGGACGACAUGACAGCACCUCAAAAGUGAAGCCAAAACAUCUUGCUCGCCCCCUGGUGGCCGGCUGCAGUAUAAGUCAUAAACCCCGCCCCCUCUUUGAUAGCAAAUGGGACAUGGGCCAAACUAAAGAAAUCAAAGUACGUGUCAAACAAUUAUCCCAAAGAAUUCUGUCAUUUAUAGCAGUUCUUAUCACCCUUAUAUAUGUUCAAGCUUUCCCUUUUUUGAUUUUAUUUAGUUAUUUUAUGCUAUCAAACGGGGGUUUGACGUCUGUUGACGGUUGUGCGUGCUCGUGAUCAAUGGUGCUGCUCGCGACAGGGUCAAAGAUCACCACCGCACAGACUCUGGCUCCAAAUGACGUCACCAGUGCAAAGUGGCAGCGGUUGUGUGUGGGAUAUUUUGGCUUCCCUUUUGUACAGUGGGAGAAAGUGGAGAGGCGUCGUUCAUCUUCAGAUACAGUCGUUGGGUUUUUCUCUUUGUUUCCUGUUUGUUUUGGUUCUGUCUCUCUUAAAUGAAAGGCAAAAUUGUACAAAAAAAUAAUCAAGUGAAAAUGUAGAACUGAUGUUUCUUUUAGUACAUAAACUGCAUUCACAAUGAAUUAUGAAUUUUAACACAAAGCAUGCUUGUGACAAGGCACACAAGGACAAAUACACACACAGAGAUUUACCUACAUGCACAAAUACAGUAUGUAAAAAAAUGCACUCGAAAAUGUACUUAUAUCAAUGUGAAUAAAUGUUUUCUUAAAACCAUA